AUGGAACGAAUUAACAAAAGCCAUCCAGAAGAGUUUAUUCUACUAGGCUUUGCAGAUCGUCCCUGGCUGGAGCUUCCUCUGUUCAUUAUUCUGCUUCUAACAUACCCCAUGGCCAUGGUGGGAAACAUAGCCAUCAUUCUGGUGUCCACCUUAGACUCCCGUCUGCACAGCCCCAUGUAUUUCUUCCUCACCAACCUCUCCUUUCUGGACAUGUGCUACACCACAAGCAUUGUCCCUCAGAUCUGUUUCACCUGGGACGAUCGAAGAAGACAAUCAGCUAUCUGGGCUGUGCAUUCAGCUUUAUUUCUUCCACAUAAUGGGAGGCAGAAUGUCUGCUUUUUGGCUCUUAUGUCUUUUGAUCGCUACGUGGCCAUCUGCAAGCCUCUGCACUACACCCUCAUCAUGAAUCGGUGCACCUGUAUCCUACUGGUGGCACUUGUGGCUGGUGGAAUGACCACGCUGUCUCAGAGCCCCCAUUACUUCCCUUUGGUCAACACUGAUCACUUAUGUGAGAUUCCUGUUCUGAUAAGCGCCUGUGGUGAGAAGGGCCCAAUGAGCUCACACUCUCUGUGGGACCAGCCCAAGUUCAUGGCUCUCUUCUAUGGAGUGGUGACUCCUACACUCAACCCUUUCAUCUACACUCUGAGGAAUAAGGAUGUAAAGGGUGCCUGGGGCAACCUGGUGAGGAGCAUUUUCCCUUCCAAGUGA